AUGGCCGGCAUGGGAGCGAAGCGUCUCCAAAAGGAGCUUCAAAGGCUACAGGGCGAGCUUCCAUCAGGCAUCUCACUCGUCUCAGCGCCUGAUCUUCGCGAGUGGGAAAUGGACAUGACCGUCCCCGACAAUCCCAUCUACAAGUCGGGCGAGACUUAUCGCCUCAAAAUCUCCUUCUCGCAAGCCUACCCCAUCGAAGCACCCGAAGUGGUGUUUGUCACGCGCACAGAUCCAGAGAGGAAGAUACCGAUGCAUCCACACAUCUACAGCAACGGCAUCAUUUGCUUAGAUCUACUGGACCCGCAAGGAUGGAGUCCAGUACACAACGUGGAGAGUAUUUGCAUCAGCAUUCAAAGCAUGCUUGCGAGCAACACGWAGGAUGAGCGUCCUCCCGGCGACGCUGAGUUUGUGAGGUCCAACAGACAGCSGCCGCGCAACAUCAACUUCGCAUAUCACGACCCGAACGUAUAG